AGGAUUGUGGGAACCCAAGGCAAGAGGUACUAGCGCACGCAGGCUUUCAAUUGAAAUAAGUUACACAGCGAUAAAAAGAAACAAAAAAUGCCAAGAACCUGUUGUAUUAUUAACUGCACAAGCCGGGAGAACGACAGCCGCGUGAAGUCGACGGGAAAUGCGUUUGGUUUUUAUCGGAUUCCGGCGUGGAAGAGAAAUUCUCCAAGCCAUGUCUCCGAAGUCACGAAGAGGCGACGGAUGGCCUGGAUUGCCGCUAUCAGAAGACCUAAUAUAACGUUCGAAAACACUCCACCUCACAUGUUAGUCUGCUCCAAGCAUUUCCACAACGGCAAACCAGCCUACGAAAUGCUGGAAUGCGAUCCAGACUGGGCACCCUCUCUCAAACUGGGCCACACAGAAGUUAAAGCUUCUACCACUGCUAGAUUUGAUCGGUUAAAACAGAGAUCGAAAUCAAAACAGCCACGAAAAGGCCCGCGUUCCUCUGGGGCAGAGACAGCUCAUGCAGGUGAAAUCCAUCCAGCACCAGUCACUACGGAAACUAUAGCUGAGAGCCAACCACAGCAGAUAAAUCCAAAGCACGAGGAUGAAGAUCUGCAGGAGUGUAAAAUGUGUUCUCAAAGGUUACAAGAAAUAGCACACCUUCAAGAAGAAAACCUAGUGUUAAAAAGAACUGUCCAAAAGAAAUUAGACAUGGAAUUCUUGAAAGACGAGAACUCUAAAAAGCUUUCACCCGGGGACAUAGUGCUCGCAGACCGGGGUUUUGAUAUCAGGAAAGUGUUGCCUUAA